ACUUCUUCUUUGUUGUUGUUGUUGUUUAUGUGUUGGUGCAUUUGUGAGUUGUGAGAAAGGUCUCUUCAAUCUUCAUGGCUGAGAAUGGUCGUCAAGCUCCAAAGCUGGCAUCUUUCCACGCCCCCCUCUCCUCCGAGACUGCUCGAUUUCUCGUCGAUUCCGUCGAUGCCUUCCUCUUCGACUGCGAUGGGGUUAUUUGGAAGGGCGAUAAGCUCAUCGAUGGCGUCCCUGAAGCCUUGCAGACUCUCCGUUCUCUGGGGAAGAAACUGGUGUUUGUGACAAAUAACUCGAGGAGAUCAAGGGGGAAGUAUGCAAAGAAAUUCCUUUCGCUUGGGCUUGAUGUUAGUGAGGAUGAGAUAUUCUCAUCAUCAUUUGCGGCAGCAAUGUUCUUGAAGCUUAACAACUUCCCUCAGGAUAAAAAGGUUUAUGUUAUUGGCGAGGAAGGCAUAGUGGAAGAGAUGGAACUUGCUGGCUUUACAUGUCUUGGUGGCCCUGAAGAUCGGGAUAAGAGCGUUCAACUAAAGUCAAACUCCAUGGUAGAACAUGACAAGAGUGUUGGAGCGGUUGUGGUUGGACUUGAUCUGCAUGUAAACUAUUACAAAUUCCAUUAUGCAACUCUUUGCAUCCGUGAGAACCCUGGCUGCUUGUUUAUCGCCACUAACCGUGAUGCUCUCGGCCAUAUAACAGACACACAAGAAUGCCCAGGUGCAGGAUGCAUGGUUGCUGCAGUAUGUGCAACAACAGAAAAAGAACCUGUUGUUGUUGGCAAGCCAUCACCAUUUAUGAUGGAUUUUUUAGUGAAAAGAUUUCAGAUUAAUACUUCAAGAAUGUGCAUGGUUGGUGAUAGAUUGGACACAGAUAUAUUAUUCGGACAAAAUACCGGCUGCAAAACUCUUCUCGUUCUUUCAGGUGUUACUUCUUUAUCGACACUCGAAGAUCCUUCAAAUAACAUCCAUCCAGAUUAUUAUACAAGUAAUUUGUUUAGCAUUGUUGAGCUCUUAAACAAAUGAUAUGAUACUUAUUUUACUGAAAUUUAUAUAUAUAUUUUUUGCUGAAAUAAAAAUUACUGUCAUCUUGUGAUGGAAAACUGUUGUUUUUUUAACCAGACUGAAUAGAAUGCUGUGAUAUUUUUACAAGUUUAUUUUAUA